UUGUAAUGACACAUCUGAUAUUGAUAGUGUGUCUAAUACCAUUUAAUUUGUUUUCUUUUUUUACAGUUAAAAAGGAAAACGCUUUAGAAGCACAUUCAGAUUGUUUUAAAGAAUAGUUCAAAUAGGUUUUAGGAGGACAUAAAUAAACAUAUAAGAAAAGAAAGAACGGACUCUGUUGUGCUGUAAACUGGUUCUAAUCCUCCACCAUGUCUUUGAGGACUCUGCCUUUACUGAUAAUAAAUCUGGGAGGAGAAAUGCUUUAUAUUUUGGACCAGAGACUCCGAGCUCAGAAUCAAACAGAUGAUAAAAUACAGAAAGGUUGGUCAGAGGAGGACAGGAAACGAGUGCUGAACGAUAUCGUAGGCGUGAUGUUCAGUAAGGCAUUUAUAGAGGAGACGAUGCAGCCGCAGGACGUGUACUCACACAGAGCGCUGCGCUGCCUGCUCACACGUCUGGCUCAUACCUCCAUCAUGAGGCUCAGCUCCACCAGCAUGGACCGGCUGUAUGAUCUGAUGAUGAUGGCGUUUAAGUACCAGAUCGUCCUCUGUCCUCGGCCAAGAGAUUUGCUCCUCGUCUCCUUCAACCACAUGGAUGGGGUUCGGGGACUCAUUAAAGACAAUCCUCGCCUCAUUAACUCUGUCAACGAGGCACAGCGUUUCAUCAUAGAGACGUACACUCCUCUAUCAGACGGCGAGUUUCAGCUCAUACGGCAGACGCUCCUUGCUUUCUUUCAGGACAUUCACAUAAGGGUUUCGAUUUUCCUGAAAGGGAAUCUCCAGAAAGGGGAUGGGACUUUUGUGAUGCCAACAUCAGGGCCGGUGCCUCACGGCUCUGAGGUUCCAGGAUUAAUCAGGUACUUUAACAUUCGAGGCAGGGUGGUGAGGCGGCGUGAAUUUGUGAGCGGAGGCAGCUACGCCAGCUCCUUGAGAGACGCUUCAUUCGAUGUGUCUGGAGACCGAGUGACACGUCUGGGCACUAACAUGUACGCUGAGAGCUCAGCUGAGGACACACACACCUCUGCAAGCUCCAAACACACAUGUAGAAGUGAACAGGUUACAGAUGAUCCUAACCCUCUGGCUAAAGCCGAGCUGAACCUGUUGGCCAAGCUGAUGGGACAGGUGGAGGUUUGUGAUUUUGUUGGUGAUGAUGGAGGGAUGAGAGUGAAUCUGUUUCCCUCACAGCAGGAGGAAGAUGAGGAGGGAAGGCUUUCCAGGAAAGAUGAGGCGUUUGGUGUGGUGAACAUUCAGGCUGUGAAGGCUGACACAGCACUGACUCACAUCGCUGCCCAGUUCACCGAUCAGGACCAAGACGAGAGACUCAGCAACAAAGGAGAAGAUCUGCUGGCCAUGAUGGACGACCUCUAAACCACAGAAAUACAGUAUUUCCUCGGAUAUCAUGGGGGUUACGUUCCAGAAACUGAAAACCGCAAUAACGGGCCCUGAAUACCAAUACUUCAUUUCAUAAACCUUAAAUUUGACCAAAAUCACACACUACAUGCACAAAAACUCUGAAUAAACACAUGUAGUGUUUAAUAUAAUAACAAAUAGAUUAAAAUAAAUGAAAAGUAGUGUACUGUA